GUCGUGCCGCGUUUCUAAGGGGAAGGGAGAGCAGCAGGCCCGUGGUAGUGAGGGAGGUGGUGGUGUCCUCUCGUUCGGUGUCGCUCCGUCAGACCCAGCUCUGCCCGGCGCGGACGGCGGCAGCAUGAGCUUGGCUUUGAGGAAUGAGCUUUCAGUAGAAAAAUGUAAAAAAAAGAAGAGAAGAGAACUCACUGAGGAACAGAAGCAAGAAAUUAAAGACGCCUUUGAGUUGUUUGAUACAGACAAAGAUAGAGCAAUAAAUUACCAUGAACUGAAGGUGGCAAUGAGAGCCCUGGGGUUUGAUGUGAAAAAAGCUGAUGUACUGAAAAUACUUAAAGAUUAUGACCGAGAAGCAACAGGCAUGAUCAGUUUUGAAGAUUUCAAUGAAGUUGUGACAGACUGGAUACUGGAUAGAGACCCACAAGAAGAAAUACUCAAGGCAUUCAAAUUGUUUGAUGAUGAUGACUCUGGUAAAAUAAGUCUGAGAAACCUGCGCCGGGUUGCUAGAGAAUUGGGUGAAAAUAUGUCUGAUGAAGAACUACGGGCUAUGAUUGAAGAAUUUGACAAGGAUGGAGAUGGAGAGAUCAAUCAAGAAGAGUUUAUUGCUAUUAUGACUGGAGAUAUUUAGCAUUAGAAGACAAGAAAUGAACUCAGCACAAAAUGGAGGAAUUAUUGACAGCUUCCAUUGCAAUGUUUUGUACUUCCAUUCAUUUCUGUAGCUGGAGUGAUGCAGAGAAUUACUUUGCUCGCAGGACCAAACUACGUACAGGUUAUGUGCACCAAUAGUCAGUACUUUUGUAUCAUUAAAUAUUAUCACUAGAAUAAUUGCUAGAAAAAUUUAGAAUAAGUAAUACUGCAUUUCAGAAUGUUUGAGUACUUGUUUGUAAAAUAGCUUUGUAUAAAGUUUAUAAACUGUAUUAUACUGUAAGAACCUUUUGAGGUCAGCUUUGUGUUAGCAUUAGCUGUGGCCUUAGUUUUGAUACUUAAGAUUUGACAAACUUCAUUUUAAUAAAAUGUUUACUAUUGCUGCUUGAAA